AUGGCCAGCUCCAGUGGGGGCACCCCUAAGGCUGUCAGCAGGCCCCGCAGCUCCCGGGCCCUUUCGUCGCAGGCGGCCGGCUUUUCUGGUCGCUCUGACAGCAGAGCCAGCGCAGCUAGCAGCACAGGGAGCAAAAAGGCGACCAAGAAGCCCGGGGCAGACUCCAUCAUGAACCGAGACCCGAAUGCAGUGUCGAGGGGGAUCAAGAAUCUAGACCAGCUGAUGGCACAUUUACAGGAAAAGAACAGGCUUGCCAAAGAGCAGAUCGCGGCAGACACGGAAGAGAUUGCGCGCCUGGACAAAGAGCUGGCCCACGUGGAACCAAAGCUGGAGGCGCUCGAGAGGGGGCUGACGGUAAAGCGUGCGGAAAAGGACGCGCUAUUGGCGGACAUCAAAAAGCAGACCGAGGAGUUCAACCAGGUUCUGGAGCAGAGCUCAGCCCUUGCCAAACGAGCCAACCGGCUCAACGCGAAGAUGUAUACGAAGGCUGCAUCGGAUACGCUGGAAGCCACGAGGGGGUUCAACAUGCGGGCCUCGGUAAAGGAGCUUCAAAGUCGAAAAGGGUCCGGUUCGCAACCGGGUCGAACGGAUCGGAGAGAAAGCGUUCCAAGCCCCGGGGGGGCUGUCACGCCCGGGGAUGGCAAAGCGAAGCAGUCGUUACUCGCUUCUCGAGGUGUUGCGCCGUCUCUUGUCAGCCGCUCGUGA